AAAAUCCAAACUUUGUGUCUGUUUCAAAGUCAAUUAGUUCUCAUAUAUUUAUAUGCGUGUUACUGUGUUGGUAUGGGUGUGUAUUAUAUAAAGGAGGCUACUUUGUUUGUUGGGUUAACUUGAAAUUUGUGGACUUAUGCUUGAAGUGUUGCAGGCGAUUGUUUUGUUCAUCUUGUUCUGGAUUUGGUUGUCUUGGAUGGGAGGAAGCAGUUCGAAAGACUCGACUAGGGGAGGAAGUGAUCGGAGGUAUGAACGUAGUGUGUCCGGGAGCUCUUCUUAUUCUACUGCUUGGGACAGCUCUUAUUACACACCAAACCAUCCAUCUGCGUCUCCUGUCUCCUCCUACAAUUCUGGGAGACAAACUCCCAAGAAUCUUGAGAGGAAGUAUUCACGGAUUGCUGAUAACUACCGCUCCAUAGAUGAGGUUACGGCUGCUCUUUCACAUGCUGGUUUGGAGUCCUCGAAUCUCAUUGUUGGUAUAGAUGUCACCAAGAGCAACGAAUGGACAGGGGCGAGAUCAUUUGGUAGGAAGUGUCUGCAUUACAUUGGAACAACACCAAACCCUUACCAGCAAGCUAUUUCCAUCAUCGGGAAGACUUUAUCGGUUUUCGAUGAGGAUAAUUUGAUCCCCUGUUAUGGAUUUGGAGAUGCUAGUACCCAUGAUCAAGAUGUCUUCAGUUUCAAUCCCAAUGAUACGUUUUGUAACGGGUUUGAAGAAGUCCUUAUGUGUUACAGAGAGAUUGUUCCCCAGCUUCGCCUCUCAGGUCCAACAUCUUUUGCACCCAUCAUUGAAAGGGCCAUGACAAUUGUGGAAGAAAGUGGCGGCCAGUACCAUGUUCUGCUCAUUAUUGCUGAUGGACAGGUGACACAAAGUGUCGAUGCAGAGAACGGUGGAAUCAGUCCACAAGAGCAGCGAACCAUUGAUGCCAUAGUAAGAGCAAGUGAAUAUCCUUUGUCGAUAGUUCUUGUCGGUGUUGGAGAUGGUCCCUGGGACACCAUGAGACAGUUUGAUGACAACAUUCCUGCUCGCGCCUUUGACAAUUUCCAGUUUGUGAAUUUCACGGAAAUUAUGUCGAAGAACAUCGAUCCAGCAAGAAAAGAGGCAGAAUUUGCGCUCUCUGCCUUGAUGGAGAUCCCGUCUCAGUAUAAAGCCACCCUCGAGCUAGGCUUACUCGGACAAAGAACUGGACACAGUCCAAACAGGAUUGCGCUUCCACCACCAGCUUAUGCUACUCAAGCUAUGCGCAACAGCCCAAGAACUUCCAGAUCAACCAGUUUUGGAAACAGACCAUAUGAUAAUGGUGUUUCCUCUGCACUAACUUCAACUGCUCCUAAUGAGGGCCAGGUUUGCCCCGUAUGUCUUAUGAAUCCAAAGAACUUGGCUUUUAACUGUGGUCAUCAGACGUGUUCAGAAUGUGGAGACGACCUCAGUGUUUGCCCCAUUUGCAGGAGCUCAAUCACGGUUCGUAUCAAGCUUUAUUAAGAUAACUCUCUUCAAGAACUGAAGGAACCGCAGGUGAUCUGAGAUCUUUCACAGCCAACAUCAUCCAAACUAGAUUUCACCAACAUACCAGUUUUUACUUUGAGCGGAAUAACCGAUGAAUGAUUUUCGAUCAGUCACCGCGCCUUUCAAAGUUGUGUAGAUAAUCUGUUGUGAGUUUUGCAUUCUCAUUGCACAUGAAAAGUAGACAGCAGACUCUAUCUCUCGUAAAUAAAGUACCCUUGCUCUGCUGUUACAAUUUUUUUUACUGAAGAAUGUAAAAUCUUGAAUGGUCCCAUGAUGUAUCAAACAACAUAUAUACCUUUCUUGUCCAAAACAUCUAGUCUUUAACACAGGACUCCAAAA